GAACUCUCCUGGAAUGACGAAUCAAUAGAGCUUUCUGCAGAAGAGACAUCGCAAGAUGAAGUUUUACAUCAUUGUUGGUGUAGCCCUGAUCACUACUAUAUCUCCAACAUAUCAACGUACUUCCGGUAAAAGAUCUGAACGGAUCAAGAGAGAUGAUCACGUACCACCUCCUAAUGUUCCGACUUUCCGAAGAGACUCGGUGGAACAUGUUCCAGACAUAGACAUAACAUCGAACAUGAAGGCAAGUUACAUGGCUUUGGAAGAGUACGGAAGUAAAAGUUUGCCAUUGAGGACUGCGGUGGAAAGCGUACCAGAUACUAUUGAAAGCUCUAAACGUCUUCCACUUCGUGAUGCGGUAGAAAGAAGACCAAUACCCGAUGAGGCCUUAGAUGUCGAAUUUUUGCCGUUUCAAAGCCAGACGCAAUAUUUUAAGCCUACACUCACCUAUCAGCCGUUGAACUCGCCUAUAAAAUUCACUCCUGCUUUACUGUUUCAAAGUAUCAUCGACGGGUACUCGCAGUUAGCGCCGUACAGGAUUAACAACGGCUACCAACAGCUUUUGGUCAGUCCCUUUGGCUUAAAUAGAGGAAGGAGUUUAAAAUUGGAAAACGAAGACGAGAAGAAAAUUGUUUGUUACUUGGAGGCAGCAGCUGCUUACAGAAAACCUCCACUAACCUUUACAGCAGAUGAUUUGGAUCCAACAUUGUGUACCCACGUCAUUUACGCAUUCGCAUCUUUGGAUCCCGUACAUUUUAAUGUGGUGUCCAAUGAUGAGGAAUAUGACAUUAUCCAAGGGGGAUAUAAAACGGUGACAGGGCUGAAAAGAUUCAACCCUAAACUAAAGGUACUGCUCUCCGUGGGAGGAACGCGCCAAGAUGCGUCUCACCGGUUUUCUUCAAUGAUUUCAAGCGCAAGCAAACGAAGAGAUUUCAUCCGGUCAGCUUAUAAUUUAAUCAAGCAAUACAAUUUCGAUGGAAUUGAAAUUCAUUGGGAAUAUCCAGGAGCCCAAGAAUUUGGUGGACAUCCAACUGAUAAGGAAUAUUUCCAGUUAUUUAUGGAAGAAUUGUCGGAAAUAUUCAAGAAAUCCGGUUUGUUAGUGACUCUAUCGGCACCGGCUUUCAGAUUUAGGGUUGAUGAUGGUUACUAUCCGUCCAAACUGAACGAUAUCGUCGAUUUCGUCAACUUGCAGGCUUACGACUAUCAUCGGGAUCGGGAUCCAAUCGCAGACCAUCACGCCAAUUUGAGUCCGAGGCCCUCAGAUGACCAAAUGAAUAUAUUUCUUAACACGGAUUACGCUGUAAAAUUCUGGACUCAAAGGGGAUUAUCCAGCAAGAAGUUAAUCCUGGGCUUACCAUUCUUCGGCCGAUCCUUCACCUUGCAAUACCACAACAACACCGUUCCAGGAGCGCCGAUUAAAGGUCCAGGCCGUGAAGGAUUCUACACGCAGAAACCUGGAUUUCUCGCUUACUUCGAGAUAUGCGACAUGGUGGUAAAUGAGGGUUGGUUCAGGAACGAAGAUUCUGUGGGUUCGCCUUAUAUCAUCAAUGGAGAUCAAUGGGUUGGCUAUGAUGACGAGUCCAGUAUCAAAAGAAAAAUCGAUUUCGUGAAAAAGAAAGAUCUGGGAGGUGUAUUCGCUUGGGCCGUAGAUUUAGACGAUUUUAAAGGACUCUGUGGAGACAAAUGGCCCCUUCUGACUACCAUCAACAAAAAUUUACGAGUUUUAGAUGAAGAACCCGUAUAUCUAGUCCCCGAUACGAACAACCCAAUCGAGCCAUACGGAACAUGCCAAGCUGAAGGCUAUUACAGCGAUCCAAAGAACUGUGCUGCUUAUUACGCUUGUAAAAAUGGCCUUAGCUAUCAUUUAUCCUGUGGAAACGGAUUAAUGUUCGAUACGACCAAUGGAAAAUGCGUAAAAUUCCAAAGCAGGAAAUGCAGACCUGGCGAAACCAUCUACAUUCACCAAAACUUGAAGGAGUUCAAUCAUGCUUCUCUGAGAAGUGGAAAAGAGGAAGAAUUCAAGGUUGUAUGUUAUGUAACAAACUGGGCAUUUUAUCGAAAAUCUGAAGGAAAAUUUGUUCCUGAACACAUCGAUCAGCGUUUGUGUACUCAUAUAGUUUAUGCGUUUGGUACCCUAGAUCCGCAAAAUUUGAUCAUAAAAGAAUUUGACACUUGGGCAGAUAUUGAUAACAAUCUCUAUGAAAGAAUUACAUCACUAAAAGACUCUAAAGUUCUACUCUCACUGGGCGGAUGGACCGACUCUACUGGAGACAAAUACUCUAGACUGGUAAGCGAUGGUUCAGCUAGAAGGCGAUUUGUUGUUGGAGCUGUAGGUUUUCUAAGAAAACACGGUUUUGAUGGUCUGCACUUCGAUUGGAACUAUCCUAUUUGUUGGCAAAGCAAUUGCAAAAAAGGUCCAGCUUCAGAUAAACCGAACUUCACUAAGUUAAUUCAGGAGUUAAAGAAGGAAUUUGAUAAACAAAGUCCGCCAUUAAUCAUAGCAGCUUCUAUCUCUGGCUACAAAGAAGUUAUUGACGUUGCAUAUGACCUAACUUCUUUAGGAAGCGCUCUAGAUUUUAUGUCUGUCAUGACAUACGAUUAUCAUGGUUCAUGGGAGGGACAAACCGGUCACGUUAGUCCUCUUUACCAUCAAACAAGCGACAAACAUUCUCAGUACAAUACAAACUACACGAUGGAAUAUUUAGUAUCCAAAGGGGCUCCUAGACAAAAGCUUUUAAUGGGAGUUCCCUUUUACGGUCAAACUUUCACUUUAACGAAAUCCAGUGCCAAUGGGGAAGGUGCCGCAACUUCCGGACCUGGAGAACCAGGAGAAUACACCAAACAACCGGGUAUGUUAGGUCACUACGAAAUCUGCUAUCGAAUCAAGAACCAGAACUGGAUGGCAAACCGUGGUUUUGACGGUUCUGGACCGUAUGCGUACUUUGGUGAUCAGUGGGUAGGAUACGAAGAUAUUCGAUCUGUUAAAGAAAAGGCUAAUUAUAUAAAAAGCAAAGGUUUCGGUGGUGCUGUAGCAUGGACAAUUGAUUUAGAUGACUUUAACAACCGAUGUUGUACCGGAAGUUUCCCACUGCUUCAUAGUCUGAACGAAGGUUUAGGCCGUAUAUCUGCCAGUCCGCCACAAGGGGAUUGUACUAAACCCCCCACACCUUCUACACCUGCUCCUCCUGAAACGACUACAGGAGUUGAUUCAGGUUCGGCAACAUCAGAGCAUAGUCACCACACCAAAUGGACUACAACAACUACAAAGAAAACUACGACUUCUCCAUGGUGGACACCAUCUUCAACUACCCAAUCUCUGAUUACAACUAAUUCACCUUGGUGGACUACUUCGUCGCAAUCUUCCACUUGGUGGAGCACCAGCAAAACUACGACUGCGAAAAGUACAACAGCUUGGUGGCAAACAACCAGACCUACCACAAAGAGUACUACUACAGCUACAACAACUACAAAGGCUCCCGCACCUGGUUCCACACCUUUAGUUCCACCUCCAGCUGUUAUUAGUCCUGAAAAUGAGAAACCCAGUCAAAAAUGCGAACUUGGACAAUACGUGGCUGAUCUCAAUAAUUGUAAUGCCUACUACAGAUGCAUAUCUGGAGAACUUAGAAAGCAAUAUUGCGCGGGUGGUCUUCAUUGGAACAACGAAAGACGUAUCUGUGACUGGCCUAAGACAGCCAGAUGUAAGGAACAGCCCUAUACGGUAACUCCAAUUCCUCAAGUAACGCAUUACAGUAAAACAACGCAACAUCAAUACACUACCCAAUCAACGGUAACGUCACAAUUUGCCGAUGGAUGCAACACCGGAGAAUAUUAUCCUCACGAAGAUUGCAGUCAGUUUUAUGUAUGCGUCAACAACAAGUUGGUAUCUCAAAGUUGCGCUCCCGGAUUAAGUUGGAGUACCGAGAAAAAUAUGUGCGAUUGGAAGUACAAAGUUCGUUGCAUUGGCAGAAAGAAGUUAGCUGAGAAAUACACCUUGCAACACGAUUUGGGUUUUAAAAGACCUCAACCAUAUUCUUCAUGUAGUGAAAAUGCUUUUGCUCCGUAUCCAGGCGAUUGUAGUCAGUAUAUGCAGUGCUUGUGGAGUAAAUAUGAAGUGUUCCAAUGCGCUCCUGGAUUAUACUGGAAUAAGGAAAUGAAAAUCUGCGACUGGCCUCGAGGUUCCCAAUGCGACGAAAACGAAAACGAAAUCGAAAGCGGCGGUAUCCAAAAACCAACGAUCUCCCCUGUCCUAAAACCAACAACAAGCAUUUCGUCUAAACCCAGCACCACAACUGUAAGAUCCACAACGCAAUGGGAAUGGAAACCGCCCAGCACCAGCGAACCGGGAGAGAAUGCCUGGGAAUGGCACCCUCCAAUUCCCCCAACUUCAGAAAAACCACCGUUGUCAGAUCCCCUCAAACCCAAAUCCGAUUAUUUCAAAAUAGUCUGUUACUUUACUAACUGGGCUUGGUAUAGAAAGGGUUUAGGAAAGUAUCUUCCGGAGGAUAUCGAUGAAAAUCUCUGCACUCACAUAGUCUACGGAUUUGCGGUGUUGGAUUUCUCCAAUCUCGUCAUCAAAGCUCACGAUUCUUGGGCCGAUUUUGAUAAUCAGUUCUAUAAGAGGGUAGUUGGCUAUAAAGCCAAAGGUUUGAAGGUUUCUGUGGCUAUUGGAGGUUGGAAUGAUUCUCAAGGUGAUAAAUAUUCCAGAUUGGUCAAUAGUCCAGCAGCUAGAAGACGGUUUAUUGAAAAUGUGUUGAAGUUUAUUGAUAAAUAUGGAUUUGAUGGACUGGAUCUGGAUUGGGAAUAUCCCAAAUGUUGGCAGGUGGAUUGUAAAAAAGGUCCCGAUUCUGAUAAGAAGGCCUUUUCCGAUUUCGUCAGAGAGCUUAAGGAGGCGUUUAGACCACAUGGCUACUUACUUUCUGCAGCUGUUUCACCCAGUAAAACUGUCAUCGAUGCUGGAUACGAAGUACCCGUUCUUGGGGAGUAUUUGGAUUGGGUGGCUGUAAUGACCUACGAUUUCCACGGCCAAUGGGAUAAGCAAACUGGACAUGUUGCUCCAUUAUUCUACCAUCCUGAAGACGAGGUCGCAUUCUACAACUCAAACUUCUCCAUUCACUACUGGAUAUCUGAAGGAGUGCCGAGAAGAAAGAUAGUCAUGGGAAUGCCUCUAUAUGGUCAAUCCUUCCGACUAGAAGACGAGAAAGUAAACGGCCUAAAUGCCAAAGCACCAGGUCCUGGAGAAGCUGGAGAAUACACCAGGGCAGCUGGGUUUUUAGCCUAUUACGAAAUUUGCGACAACAUAAAGAAUAAAGGAUGGACUGUGGUUCAAGAUCCUAAACGACGAGUGGGUCCAUACGCGUACAAAGGAAAUCAAUGGGUUUCGUUCGAUGAUAAAGAAAUGAUUCGAAUUAAAUCGGAAUACAUUAGGCGCAUGGAUCUCGGAGGUGGUAUGAUUUGGGCUUUGGAUUUGGACGACUUCAAGAACAGGUGCGGAGGAGGUCGCCAUCCUCUUCUCACAACCAUUCGAAACGUUCUGGCCGAUCCAGGCACGGGCCAACCAGAACCAAUUCCCCCCAUAGACGACAGCGAUGAGAAACCACAUAGGGUAGGACAGCCCGAGCCGGUAGAAGCCGAAGAAGAGACCCACCAAUCUGCUACUUUAGAAUCAUCAUCUCUGGCACCCCAAGUACCACAAAGCACUAUAGUAGACACAGAUAGUAAAUACAAAGUGGUUUGUUAUUUUACCAACUGGGCAUGGUACAGACAAGGUCGUGGCAAAUACCUACCUUCCAACAUCGAUCCAAAUCUAUGCACACAUAUUAUUUAUGGAUUUGCUGUAUUAGAUGGUGAUCAGCUCAUUAUUAAACCUCAUGAUACUUGGGCGGAUUUUGAUAACAAAUUUUAUGAAAAAGUGACAGAGUACAAAUCAAGAGGUAUCAAGGUUUUGAUUGCUAUUGGGGGCUGGAACGAUUCAGCAGGGGAUAAAUACUCUAGAUUAGUAAAUAACCCGGCUGCCAGGAGAAGAUUUAUAGCUCACGUUGUAGAUUUUAUCGAAGAACACGGUAUUGAUGGUCUGGAUCUGGACUGGGAAUAUCCAAAAUGCUGGCAAGUGGAUUGUAAUAAAGGCCCAGUUACUGAUAAACCAGCCUUUGCUGAUUUCGUUAGAGAGUUGCACGAAGCUUUCCAACCAAAAGGCUGGUUAUUAUCAGCAGCCGUUUCUCCAAGCAGACGAGUUAUUGAUGCCGGAUAUGACGUGCCGGCAUUAUCCAAAUACCUCAGCUGGAUUUCCGUAAUGACAUACGAUUAUCACGGACAAUGGGACAAGAUAACUGGACACGUAGCUCCAAUGUAUGCUCAUCCAGAAGAUAUAGAUGCUACGUUCAAUACGAAUUUCACUAUAAAUUACUGGAUUGAAAAAGGUGCCGACAGAAAGAAGCUUGUUUUGGGAAUGCCCAUGUAUGGUCAGUCAUUCUCUUUGGCAGACAACAAAGAAAACGGUCUUAAUGCAGCGACAUAUGGAGGGGGAGAAGCAGGAGAAGAUACGCGUGCUCGAGGUUUCCUUGCUUAUUAUGAAAUAUGCACCAAUAUUAUUAAGAAGGGGUGGAAGGUAGUCCGUGAUCGAAAAGGUAGGAUCGGCCCAUACGCUUAUCUCAGAGAUCAAUGGGUAUCCUUUGACGACAUUGGUAUGAUCAGGCACAAAUCUGAGUACGUCAAGGCGAUGGAUCUUGGUGGCGGUAUGAUCUGGGCUCUAGAUUUAGACGAUUUCAAAAACGAAUGUGGCUGCGAGGAAUAUCCUCUUUUAAGAACGAUCAAUCGUGUACUAAGAAAUUAUGCAGUGCCAGAUCCCAAGUGCGUAUUGGGAAAAUCUCAGGAGAAACCAAGUAAUCAGAAACCUUCGUCGAUAACUACCACGCUCAGACCUACUACUACAUCGUCCUCUUGGGUCCAAACAACCACGUCACGUAAACCACCAACUGUCUCAUUAUCGUGCGAUGGAAACUUGUUCAAGCCUGAUCCUCAAAACUGUCAACAAUAUUACUUAUGUAAUCAGGGAGAACUUAAUUUACAAUCAUGUCCUUCUGGAUUAUAUUGGAAUGAAGAUCACUGCGACUGGCCGGAAAACACGCCAUGCCAUCCUGAUAGUACUACACCAGACAAUACCGAGGAGUCGUCCAAAGAACCUUCUUUGCCGGAAAUAGAAACAAGUACGAUUUCAAUUCCGUCCAGUACUCAGCCUGAAAUUCAGUAUCAAUCUGGAGAUUACAAGGUUGUGUGCUACUUUACAAAUUGGGCUUGGUACAGACAAGGAGAUGGCAAAUACUUACCUUCUGACAUUGAUCCAUCUUUAUGUACCCACAUUAACUAUGGUUUUGCUGUCUUAGAUCCGAAUACAAUAACUAUUAAACCGCACGAUUCCUGGGCAGACAUCGAUAACGAUUUCUAUACAAAAGUAAUUGCUUACAAAUCAAAGGGUAUCAAAGUUCUGAUAGCGAUUGGAGGUUGGAACGAUUCGCUGGGAGACAAAUAUUCCAGAUUGGUGAACAAUCCAAGUGCUAGAGCAAAAUUCGUUGCCAAUGUCAUAGAGUUUAUCGAAAAAUGGGGAUUUGAUGGGUUAGAUUUGGACUGGGAAUAUCCAAAAUGUUGGCAGGUUGAUUGCAACAAAGGUCCAGAAUCUGAUAAGGAAAAUUUUGCCGAACUUGUCAAAGAACUGAGUAGUGCCUUUAAACCCAAAGGUCUGCUUUUGUCUUCGGCUGUAUCUCCAAGCAAAGCUGUUAUCGAUGCCGGAUAUGACGUGCCAUCACUGAAUAAAUAUUUCGAUUGGAUUGCUAUUAUGACAUACGACUUCCACGGACAUUGGGACAAACAAACAGGUCACGUGGCUCCAUUGUAUUAUUAUCCUGGAGACACAUAUGAUUAUUUCAAUGCGAACUUUUCUAUAAAUUACUGGAUUGAGAAAGGAGCAGAUCCUAAGAGACUUGUAAUGGGAAUGCCGUUAUAUGGUCAGUCUUUCAGUCUAGCUGACGCUUCUAACCACGAUCUGAAUGAUAAAUCAUACGGGCCUGGUGAGGCUGGGGAGUUUACUAGAGCUGGAGGAUUUUUAGCCUUCUAUGAAAUAUGUGAUAAAGUCAAAACGAAAGGAUGGAAGGUUAAACGAGACUCAUUAGGACGAAUUGGUCCUUAUGCUUACAGUGGACAGCAAUGGGUAUCAUAUGACGAUAUAGCAGAAAUUAAGAUUAAGUCUCAACUGGUUAAAUCGCUUGGAUUGGGAGGUGGAAUGAUCUGGGCACUAGAUUUGGACGACUUCCGAAACAAAUGUGGCUGUGGACGACAUCCUCUACUCAAAACUCUAAACCACGAACUCAGAGGCACUCCGUCGGAUAUAACGAUCGAGAAUUGUACAUGAUAUGUGAUAGCAACUUAAAUUUUGUGCCACGUUUUAUUUUUAACUUUGUAUUAAUUUAAAUUUAAGGAUACUUUAAUGGUGUAAGUUGACUGAUUGUACGUGCUUGAAAAAUAUCUUCUGAAAUAUGCUCUAUGAUGCGUAUCCUAAUUUAUGUAUAUUUUUCAUGCAUGUUAACGGGAGAAUUAUUAUUAUAUUACUGUAAUACUAAGACUAAUUCUUUUAGAUGUAGCAUAAUUUAGAAGAAUUUAUUUAAUUAUA